AUGACUUCAACGGAGCCAACAGAAUCGCUCAACGCUCCCAAGCUUCAGAUCUGGAACAACGCUGCUUUCGACGAUGGAGAUUCCAAUGUCAAUUCCGCCAUCGAAGCUUCUUGGUCUAACCUCCCUCCCGAUUUCAUCAACGAAUCAUUCGAUUCCGAUUGUAGCAAAGAGAAUCAGAUUCCACUUUCGGUAUCCUCAUCUCUCAAAUCCUCAGUCUCGUUCACCACUGAUCCGCUUCGCUCCGGUAAUGUCCAAGAAAAGCCACCGAGGUCCUGGUGCGAAGCUCCGUCAUCAAAAUCCAAGACGGUGAAGGAAAAAUACGGUGCGGAUCAGAUCAAAAGGCGUGACGAUCGAGAUAUUGACGCAGAGAUCGAAGAAGUAGAAAAGGAAAUCGGACGAUUAUCGACCAGAUUGGAGUCGCUCCGAUUAGAGAAAGCCGAGCAAACCGCAAGAAGUAUUGCUAUACGAGGAAGAAUAGUUGCGGCGAAGUUCAUGGAAUCUCAGAAACAGAUAGUCAAAUUCGACGAUUCGUCUUUCACAGGUACCAAACCAAAAACCACCACCCGUAGAGGCGUUAGUCUUGGACCAGGGGAGAUAUUCUCUGCUUCGAAGAAAUCCGAAACGGUGACUCCUCUUCAACCGGCUCAGAAUCGACGCAAGUCUUGUUUCUUUAAGCUUCCUGGCAUCGAGGAAGGGAAAACAACAAAGCCUAGAGGACGAACGAGUUUGAGCCUGAGUCCAAGAUCUCGUAAAGCUGCAUCGAAGCACACGGCAGCUCAGAAGCAAGCAGCGACUACGGUGGGGUCAAGGAGAGCGGUGAAGAAAGAAGAAGGUGUUCUCUCUUCAAUCCAGCCUAAGAGGCUUUUUAAAGAAGAGGAAAAGAAUGUUGCUUUAAGGAAACCAUUGAAACCAGGAAGAGUGGUGGCUAGUAGGUACAGUCUGAUGAGCAAAACUCUGACUGCGGAGAAAGAUGCAAGGAAACGUUCGUUGCCUGAGAACGAAGGGAAAGAGAACCACAGGUCGGAGAAGAGAAGAGCUUCUGAUGAAAAUAGCAGCAAGAGCGAGGGCAGAGUGAAGAAGAGAUGGGAGAUUCCCAGCCAAGUUGAUGUGUAUAGCAGUGGUGUGAAUGAUGAGACUCCUAUAGGCAAGGAGCUACCUAAGAUCAGAACGCUUCGUAGUGUGGGAGAGAGCCCUCGUGAUUCAGGUGCUGCCAAAAGAGUUGCGGAAUUGGAAGGCAAAGAUCGUAGUUUCGCCUUUUGCCAGCUUCUCAAGUUUGAAGAAUGA